GGCCUCGGGUGAUCGUCGGGUCCCCACGGACCAGGGCGGAUCAGGCUUCCGCACCUUCCCGGGGAGCCCCGCAAGGCCGCAGACAAGAUGAACAUUCUGGCGCCCGUGCGGAGGGACCGCGUCCUGGCGGAGCUGCCCCAGUGCCUGAGGAAGGAGGCCGCUUUGCACGUGCGCAAAGACUUCCAUCCCCGCGUCACUUGCGCCUGCCAGGAGCACCGGACAGGCACCGUGGGCAGAUUUAAAAUAUCCAAGGUCAUCGUUGUGGGGGACCUGUCUGUGGGGAAGACCUGUCUCAUUAAUAGGUUCUGCAAAGACACUUUCGAUAAAAAUUACAAGGCCACCAUUGGAGUGGAUUUUGAGAUGGAACGAUUUGAAGUGUUGGGUGUCCCCUUCAGUCUCCAACUUUGGGACACUGCUGGGCAGGAGAGGUUCAAAUGCAUCGCUUCCACCUAUUACCGAGGAGCUCAAGCCAUCAUCAUUGUCUUCAACCUGAAUGAUGUGGCAUCCCUGGAACAUACCAAGCAGUGGCUCGCUGACGCGCUCAAGGAGAAUGACCCUUCCAACGUGCUUCUCUUCCUUGUGGGUUCCAAGAAGGACCUGAGUACGCCUGCUCAAUAUUCCCUAAUGGAGAAGGAUGCCCUCAAGGUGGCCCAAGAGAUGAAGGCUGAGUAUUGGGCAGUGUCCUCCCUCACUGGUGAGAAUGUCCGGGAAUUCUUCUUCCGCGUGGCAGCAUUGACCUUUGAGGCCAAUGUUGUGGCUGAGCUGGAGAAAUCGGGGGCUCGGCGCAUUGGGGAUGUUGUUCGCAUCAACAGUGACGACAAAAACCUCUACCUAACUGCCAGCAAGAAAAAGGCCACGUGUUGUCCCUGAAGAGAGGACUGUCCAGAAACUGCCCAUUCCUGGGGGACUGUGCCACCCCAACUGCUUCUGAAGUCAACCCCUGGACGUUUGCACUGACUUUUUCCAGACCAAAGAGUCGCCCCUUUAAGGCAGUGCCCCCAGAGGGUAACUGGGACCAUGCUAGUCAUUUCCUGCCCCCGGGGACCGUGCCAAAGACUGGAUGACCCCUUAUUCCUCUGGGGCUCUCCAGGGUGCCUGAUGGGGGUCAGCGUUGCUGCUUUUGCUUAGCCUCCUGAGCCCUUUAUGGAUGAUGAUGCUCAACAAUUGCAGCCUUGUACUGUGCCUUAUGCAUUAAAAUCUGUUAG